AUGCAUAAUUUAAAUCCAACAUAUGAUUUUGUGUUGGAUAAUGAUGAUGAAGGAUAUUAUGGUUAUAAGCUUCUCAAUAGCUCAACUCUUUUCAGGCUGGCGUUAACUCAAGAUGGAUUUGGUCUGAGCUACAUCGGGAGUGAUGGAAACCAAGGUUGGGUCGUUUAUCUAAUAGCAAUGACUGAUAUCUGUGACAAAUAUGGAAUAUGUGGUCCGAAUGGUGCAUGUAGUAUUGAAAGGAUUUAUACCGACUUUCAACAAGACUGGGACUUGGUGGAUUGCCCAUAUAGAUGUGUGAGAAAGAGCCAACUGAAUUGCAGUGGAGACAUCUUUAAGAAGUACUCUGGGGUGAAAUUGCCAAGUACAGAACAAUCCUGGUAUAACACAAGUAUGAACCUCAAGGAAUGUGAGAUGAUGUGCAUGAACAACUGUUCCUGCACCUCUUUUUCAAAUUUGGAUAUCCGAGAUGGAGGAAGGGGGUUCUUGCUGUGGUUCAGCGAUCUGGUUGAUAUAAGAUAUUCCAAUAUAAGUGGGCAAGGGCUUCGUCAGAACUAG